UCUGAAGAGUUCCCUGACCUUCUCCUCCCUCACUCCCAAUACCACCCACAGGUUUUCCCAGACGGAGCCAAGUGGCUCCACCUUCGGACAGACGGCGUCCCCGUCCAUAACAAUGUCUCCUGUGCGGUCCUGGGGGCUCAGGAGUGUGUGCAGGGAUUUGGUGGCAGCAGAGAGGUACAAGAAGGGAGUUUAUACGGCCCGAAGUGGGCACUGUGUGGAGUAUUCCCCCAAUAUGCCCCCGGAAAAGGGGUUCGGUAAAGGAGGGCGCCCUUCCCCUGCCUGAGUGUCCCUCCUGGAGCUUCAAGGGGUUCCCGGCCCCUCUUCACCCACCUGCCGAUUGCCUCUUUCCCCAGUUUCUAACUCACAGCCCUUCUCCUGUCUGGGUAGACUAAAGAUCGAGGAGGGCAGGCCAAUGAGUAGCGGAACUGGAGAAAUGCGGUGCCCCAGUUUCCCAGGGAUGGUUUAGGCAGCUGUCUCCACCCCAGACUUCCGGUUCCUGUCCUCGAAAUAGGGCCGCAGCCACCAUGGAGGAACCGGAGAUGCAGCUCAAGGGAAAGAAAGUAACAGACAAGUUCACUGAGAGUGUCUACGUCCUGGCCAACGAGCCAUCCGUGGCCCUGUACCGGCUGCAGGAGCACGUGCGCCGCUCUCUGCCUGAGCUGGCCCAGCAUAAGGCUGACAUGCAGCGGUGGGAGGAGCAAAGCCAGGGAGCCAUCUACACGGUGGAGUACGCCUGCAGCGCCGUGAAGAACCUUGUCGACAGCAGCGUCUACUUCCGCAGCGUGGAGGGCCUCCUCAAACAGGCCAUCAGCAUCCGAGACCACAUGAACGCCACAGCCCAGGGCCACAGCCCCGAGGAACCGCCCCCGCCCUCUUCAGCCUGAUCCCGGAAGAGACUUGGAGGUGCUUUGGCCCCUCUGACUCAGCCUUGCCCAGGAUUUUCCUCAGACGCCACCUCAUCAGGGCUACCCUGCAGCCCUAGGGGUCUCUCAGACCUCGCCUUGACUCACCUCUUGCCCCCCAGCCCAACCAAAGCUUGGACCCUUGGACACAGCCUUGUGGGACUUGGCAGGGACAGAAGACCAAGUAAGUGUGGCCAGCGCAUUCCUCUUGCUCUUGCCUGGAGCCUCUGGGCCAGCCAUGAAUGUCCUGAGACGAGGCUUUGCUGCCUCUGGAUUCUUACCCGCCCCCACUGGCCAUGGACACGGCCAUGGCCCCUCGGACCAGUAACUGCCACCAUGACAGUCCUGAACAUGCACCUGCUGUGUGCCCAGAUCUGUGCUGGAGGCUUCACAAGGGUCAUCUUUCAUCCUCAGACAGCCCUAUCAGGCAGGUGUCACCCAAAUGCAGAAGGGAAAAGAGAAGCUCCAAGAGGUGGCAUUGUUUGUGCGCGAUCACACAGAGAAGAGUAGACCCCGGCCUAGUUUGGUCCCAGCCCUGCCUCUGACAUGCUGUGUGACAUGGGUCUGGCACCGACCCUCCCUGGUGCUACCUUUCUCCAUCUCAACAAGGAAGGCUGGACUGGACCUUCUCUACAGGCUGAGGCAGGCAUUCGUGUACCUGCCUGCCUGGACUGCAUUCUGCCUCGAGCAGAAAUGCCCACCUCAGGCUCAGACCAUAAGGAGAAGCCACCCUAACUCCAGGGGUGGAUGUGGGACCCUGGCCUGGCUAGUCAGAGCCCCCCAUCUCCCAGGUCACAGUGAUUGGUUUGAGAUGGGCAUGCGAUCCAAUGAGAGAUCUUCCCUGAGGAUUUUGCUGGAAAAGUACCAUCUUCCUUCUGGGGUUGGUGAGCUCGGCAGAUGGACCAGGGGACCUGAGAACAUUGCCUGGGGCCCUGGAUCCAGCUGUACCUGACACUAGAAAAUCUCAAUUCUUCAGUUUCAUGAGUCCCUAAAAUUACUGUAUUUGCCAAAAUUGCUUUGAGUCUGUUUCUGCUGACUUGAGAAGAGCCCACGCUGAUCUGAUCCCUGCGAAUUCCAAGCCUGGGAGAUCAUGGCCCAUGGUUUGUACACCUCCGAGGCCAGCUGUGUGCCAACAAAGUGCCCAGCAAAAUGUAUAAAGAAGGGCAGAAUUGAGUUGUCGAGGUUAGAGCCAGGGUGGGUCCCAGGCUCACUGCUCUGGGAGGAUCCCCCAGUUUGGCCCAGAGAAGUGGUUGGGCGAGAGGGGUGGCAAAAGCCAAGGGCACCCUAGGGUAGACAGAGAGGGUCCUGGUGGGGUAUCAGGGCUGUGGAGGGGCCUGAGGGCUUGGGAGGAGGUUCAGGAACACAGGAGGUAUUAAUAAUUGCAUCCCACCACCAGGAACCAGGGUCAGCCCUCUCUCACCUCUCCUAGGGUGUACUGGGGGCCUGUGUGCUACCAUCAUGCCUUCCCCCUGCCCCAGCUCAGUUGAGGGGGAGGGAAGAGCCUCAGGUUCACACUGUUUUAGGCCCUGCCUGGUGUGUAACCCCCACAGAGUCACCCUCCCUCUCCACCCACUCUGAAGGCACCUCUCGUCCAUCUCUCCUCCUGCCAUGCAGCCAUGUAUCCAUCAUUGACGGUUCUCUCUGAGCUAGGCCCUGCCUGCCCAGGGGAUGCCCUGGUGAGCCAGACAGACCAACCCUGGCUCCAGCGCUCAGACCCGCUGGACAGACAGGCAGCUAAGUGAGGUAACUGCAUGUAUCUCAGAGGCAGCCUUGGAUGGCUCAGGCGCUGUGAGUUAGUGGGGGGCAGUCAUGAGGUGCCCUAGACCUUCCGAGGGCUCCCUGUCACCCACGGCCCCUGAACAUGACCUUAGCCAGU